AUGCCUGAGGAGGACAUGAAGCUUAUUGGAACCAUAGGAUAUGCCAUGCCCCUCAGCAAACUCGAGACAGUAAUCCAGCCUUCACUGGUUGCUCACGCUAGAGAGCGAGGAAUCCAUCUUAUUCAAGUCCACAUCGAUGAGCCACUCGUUGAACAAGGCCCCUUCGACUGCCUUGUCCACAAGGUUUAUGGCGAUGACUGGAGUGCUCAGCUGGCUGAUUUCAAAGCUAAAUACCCCACGACUGUCAUCAUUGAUUCCCUUGCUGACAUUGAACAGCUCAACAACCGCGUUUCAAUGCUCGAACUGGUGAACCAUCUCCCUGUUUCUGUUGAACAAUCAGACACUGAAGCUUAUUCCAUUGGAAUACCUAAACAGGUGGAGAUUGUAGCAAACCAUGAUGCACCUGAAUCUUUGUUGACUAUAGAUGAGUUGACUUUUCCAGUCAUUGCCAAACCUCUGUCUGCUAAGUCCCAUGAGAUGUCCCUGGUGUUUAGCUUAAACGGCUUGAAGAAAGUGAAACCACCUAUCGUGCUGCAGGAGUUUGUAAACCAUGGAGGGGUCCUCUUCAAGGUCUAUGUGGCUGGAAACCAUGUCAAGUGCGUCAAGAAGAGGUCAUUGCCUGACUUUCAUGCUAAAUGUGAAGACCAUGAGGAUAUCAUGUCAAUUUCCCAAAUUUCAGGCUUUGCUGCUGGGGAAGAAGAUGCAUUCAUAAAAGAGGUCGAAAUGCCCUCCAUGAAAUUCAUUCACAGCAUGGCAAAAGGACUGAGAGAGGCUUCCAAGCUCCAUCUUUUUAAUUUUGACAUGAUUAGAGAUACAAGGGAAGGUAGCAGGUAUCUUAUUGUUGACAUCAAUUACUUCCCCGGUUAUGCUAAAGUGCCAGGAUUUGAGACCAUGUUGACUGACUUCUUUUGGGAUGUUAUCAACACAAGAAUGAAAGUGAUGCGGCUCCCACUAAUCAUGUGGGUAGUGGAAAAGAUGAAGGAGACAAAACAGGGUGUAGCUCAGAGGCUGCAAACCUAGACAAAGAUUUUUGCAAAGAAAAGAAAACUGUUUAAUUGUAGCGUAUAAAACCAUGUAACAGGUCCUUCAUUCAGGUUAACAGAACCAGAGAGUGAGAAAAAAAAAAAGGUUUUGAUAAUUACUAUAUGUGCCACAAAAACAAGUCAACUCAUGUACCCCUACAUCAAUUAAUGUCAUUUCGUUUUGCAAAAAUUACAUUUAGUUCA